AUGGCAGGCCAAUCCCGAAAAUGGAUGAUACUCAUAGCAACAAUCUGGAUUCAAGCAUUCACUGGAACCAAUUUCGAUUUCUCCUCCUACUCAUCCACCAUGAAAUCCGUACUCAAAAUCUCGCAAGUUCAACUUAACUACCUCGCAACUGCUAGUGAUUUGGGUAAGGUUUUUGGCUGGUCUUCGGGUCUCGCGCUCAUGUAUCUUCCGCUCUCGAUUGUCAUGUUCAUUGCUGCUGCUAUGGGGUUGCUUGGUUAUGGUCUCCAGUUUCUUCUCGUCAAUCACUUCAUCACUUUGCCUUACUUUCUGGUUUUUCUUCUGUGUCUGUUAAGUGGCUGCAGCAUUUGUUGGUUCAACACAGUAUGUUUUGUUCUCUGCAUUAAAAAUUUCCCAGUUAACAGACCCUUGGCAUUAUCACUCACUGUGAGUUUUAAUGGUGUAAGUGCAGCACUUUAUACACUAGCAGCAAAUUCGAUAAACCCUUUAUCAGAUCAGCUUUAUCUUCUUCUAAACGCACUUGUUCCUCUUCUCACUUCGUUCGCAGCAUUACUUCCGAUUCUUCGCCAGCCGCCUUUAUCAGACACUCAUUCUCCGCAUGCUGCUCGUCAGAACUCAGUUAUAUUUCUAACAUUGAACAUUUUAGCGGUUUUUACAGGAAUUUAUCUCCUUAUCUUUGCGUCAUCGGCUUCUGAUGAAGCUAUGUCGAGGGUUUACUUUGGUGGAGCUCUUGUACUUUUAAUAUUGCCGCUGUGUAUUCCUGGUGUUAUAUAUGCUAGAGAUUGGUUUCGUCACGCUGUUCAUUCGAGGGUUGAAAGCUCUAGUUUCAUUCUUGUUCAUGUUAAUGAUCUUGAGCUUCAUAAAGAACUCCUUACGCGUCAGAACAGCGCUCGAAGUGUCAGCAAUGGAGAUGGUCAACACCUGCUUGGUGAAAAUGGAUAUGGAAUUCAGGGGGGGAAAAGUAGUCAUGUGAAUUGUGACAAGUUUUUUGGGCAGGAUCAAUUGGAAAUGCUGGGAGAAGAACACUCAGCUGCAGUUCUUGUUAAAAGGUUGGAUUUUUGGCUUUAUUAUGUUGCAUACUUUUGUGGAGGUACUAUUGGUCUUGUUUACAGCAACAAUAUUGGACAGAUAGCUCAAUCUUUAGGCCAUAGUUCAAGAACGUCGACCCUUGUCACGCUGUAUUCAUCGUUCUCCUUCUUUGGCCGCUUGCUUUCAGCUACGCCAGACUAUAUUCGGAACAAGUUCUACUGUGCAAGAACUGGAUGGCUAACCAUUGCACUUUUACCAACACCGAUUGCAUUUAUCUUGCUGGCUUCAUCAGAUAGUACCAUGGCACUUGAUAUAGGCACUGCGCUAAUUGGUUUGAGCUCAGGUUUCAUAUUUGCAGCUGCAGUGGCAGUUACAUCUGAGCUAUUUGGACCCGACAGUUUGAGUGUCAAUCACAACAUCCUCAUAACAAAUAUUCCAAUCGGAUCCCUUCUCUAUGGUUUUAUGGCUGCAACAGUUUAUGAAGCUAAUGCUAUCUCGGCACCUGGAAAUAAAAACAUGAUAAUGUCUGAUUCACUCGUGUGCAUGGGAAGACAGUGCUAUUUCUUGACAUUUAUAUGGUGGGCAUGCAUAUCUGUCAUAGGAUUACUUUCUAGUUUGCUGCUAUUCUUAAGAACCAAACACGCUUAUGAUUGUUUCGAGAGACACCGUAUUUCAGCACAACCGACUUUGUCUUAA